UGGUCAAAUUUGGUUCUAACCAAUCGCGAGGUGCCGGAAUGAGGCGGACUACCCCUCUACGUGCUGUCAGUGUGACGACGCCUCUCGAAGAGAAUGAGCAAUCGCCGUUUCUGGACGACUCGCUCUCUCAGCUCGCUCUCGUUCAACGAGAGUUCGGACGAAGCCAAGCCGGUUCAAGCCGAUAGGCGGAGCUACAAGAAACGCUCAUUCAGCAAACGCCGCAAGCCCAAACAGCGGCUGAACGUCGUGGAGGUGGUGGCCAUGGGCAGUCGCUCUGUCUGUUCGGGAUGUGCUGGUGUUGUACUAGCGGCUCACAAGGCGGCUAUUCAAGGCCACGUUGGAUGCUUACGCGCCUUGUUUGAAGAAUCGCAGCAAGGAAAACGAUGUAUAAUUUCUAUGGAUCGAAACGGAGCCACGCCACUUCAUCUAGCGGCGCGAGAAAAUCGCGUAGAAGCUCUCAAAUUCCUUCUGGAUGUUGCUAUCUAUCCUGUCAACGCCCGUGGAGUCAACAAGGAGACUCCUCUGCAUGUUGCAGCUGUCCAUGGAAAUAUUCGGGCUCUGCAGUUGUUGGUCAUGUAUGAUCCGAGAGACAAGAAACAGGUUAUUGGUGACUGUGACGCCUAUGGAAUGACCCCACUUGUGCUUGCAUCUCUGAGAAAUCGAGUGGAAUGUGUGGUUUGGAUGCUGACGACGUUUGGAUUAGUUGGGUUGUUCGUUGGAAAUCCCAGUCAUUGUUCUGCUGUUCACAUGGCAGCAGCUGCAGGUAGCUUAGAGGUAUUGAAACUGUUGAUAUCGCACCGAAAACUGACAGCGAAUUACCAAGAUAGUAAAGGCUGCACACCAGUUUACUUUGCUGCUCAGGAGGGAAACCUCGAGUGUUUAAAGUAUUUGGUGAAAGAAGGGUCGGCUAAUCCUCUAGCUAAAGCAAAAGAUGGAAUGACAUCACUUCAUGCAGCAGCUCAGGGAGGACAUACCGAUGUGCUGCAGUGUUUAGUUGAUAUCGUGGGACAAGAUGAGCUGCUGUGUCAGACUCGAGAUGGUGCAACUCCUGUACAUUAUUGUGCUGCGAAGGGGCAUGCUCUCACUCUGUCAUACAUCGUGGAGACGGUGGGUCAGGCAAGAGCGAUGAAAGCAGACUUUCAUGGUUGCACUCCAGCACACGAUGCUGCAGAUGGAGGACAUACUGAAUGUUUGGCCAUCCUCGUUGAAGCUGGUGCAAGUAUCUUUCAAGACGACAAUGAUGGAAUGAGUCCUUACACUCUUGCUCUGGCUGCGCAGUCCGUGCAUCCUCAAUGUGCCGAAUAUGUUCAAUCAUUGUGGUCUCAAAGCUGGGCAGAAAGCUAUCGACAACUGCCUUUUACUCCCAAUGGGACUGCCCUUGGUUUCAUUAUGUCAGAUUCAUGGUUGGUACAAAAUGGCAGCGACUCUCAUUCGUUAAGGAUGUCGAAGGAUUUUAGUGGAAAUAAUACAUUCACCAAACAGCCAAUCAAUUCUAGUGGUGAUGGUGAUAUGUAUCAUCAGGCAGCUGUUGCAGCUAAUAUCGAUGGUAUGUCGUUGAGAAGUGGAGUGUCAACGGGAACGGGUCUAUACGAUGUGCCAACUCUCACCACCUUGAAUCAAGGACUUGACAAUAAUUGCCCUACGUCUCGUGGACCGAGUCGUCGUAGCUCGGCAAAUUUGCACCAACUUGUUGGUUUCAAUUAUGGCCUACCAUAUUCUAAUCAAUUACCAAGCGAAAGUCAGCCUGCCUUGCAGGAGCAGAAAGGAAACAAAGAGAAUAGUGCUAGUAAUCUGCACUCAAUUGACGAUCUGUACGCAAAGAUAAUUCCUAAACACCAGAGAGCUUCCACCAACUCUGAAAACAUUCAAAUAUUGCUUCAACAACAGGAUGAAGAAUUACGGACAACAUCGAAAGAUACAAUUGAGAUGAAGUCGAGUACCUUGCCUCAACCAGUCAAGUCUCCAGGAAGAGCUCAAUCAUCACCUCAUCCAAUCCCAGAGCCACCUCCAUUGCCUUUGUCACCCCCUGCUUACCAGUUACGACAAUCAACCAAGCCAGCCAAACAGGAGACUAAAGCUGUAAACCAAUCAGUGCCUGUUAUGGAUGGAUCUCAACGUGUGGUGAAGAAAUCAAGUGCACCUGAGAGAUGGAACGGAGCUCACAGUGAAGAUCAAGGAGAGAGAGAUGAGACUAAACGUUCUAUACUGAUAUCAGCUUCUGCUGGAAAGGCAAGCCAAUUGAAAAGAAGAGAAAGGAAAGUAUCCAUCGCAGACAACGACGAUAUAAUGUCAGAGCUGGAGCAGGUUUUCCAGAGACGUCGUCUCAAUUUUCAUGUUGAAGAUGACGAGGAUGUGGUGACCGAUUUGUAGUGCAAGUGAAAGAUAUAUGGGCAAUUGCAAUUGCAGUGAGCGUCGAGUAAUGCUGUUGAUAUAAGUCUGUGCUUGUGUUUGGUAUUAGUAGCUGUGGUCUUGUGAUAGAUAUGACUGGUAACUUGACGUGUUGCCAGGAAUAAAUUAUUAGAGUUAAUUAGUUAAUUAAUGUCACAUUCAUUCAGCGAUAUGCGAGGUGUGAAUUUUUGUGCCUCAAAUUUUGAGUAUAAAAAGCUGGA